AUGCCCCUCGCCGUAGAGGCGGGAGGCGAAGAACUGAACAGUGGAGGGUGGAGCGACGCACCGCCGUGGAGGCGGGAGCCGACGCACCUGCCGUGGAGUGCGGAUGACGCACCUGCCGUGGAGGGCGGGGCCGACGCACCUGCCGUGGAGGCAGGCGGAGCCGUGACGCACCUGCCGUGGGAGGCGGGAGCCGACGCACCCAACGUGGAGGCGGGAGCGACGCACCUGCCGUGGAGGCGGGAGCGACGCACCUACCCCAGCACCCGCCUUCGAGGUGGACGGCGGCGGUUCCGCCGUAGAGGCAGGAGGGAUGCCCUCGCCGUAGAGGCGGGAGGCGAAGAACCAACAGUGGAGGCGGGAGCCGACGCACCCAACGUGGAGGCGGGAGCCGACGCACCCAACGUGGAGGCGGGAGGCGACGCACCCGCCGUGGAGGCGGGAGGCGACGCCCCCGCCAUGGAGGCGGGAGCCGACGCACCUACCUCCAGCACCCGCCUUCGAGGUGGACGGCGGCGGUUCCGCCGUAGAGGCAGGAGGGAUGCCCUCGCCGUAGAGGCGGGAGGCGAAGGACCAACA